CUCCUGCCCUGCCUCCCCGCGGAGCUCUCCCCCCGCAGCCCGCACUCGCCUCCGCGCCCUCCCGCCGGCGGCCCCAGCUCUCCCACGGACCACCCCGCGCUCCGCCCGCCUUGCUGGGCGGUGGCUACCGAGGGUCGGCGGCAGCCCCCGCACACGAGCGGCCUCCCCGGCCCGGGCUGGGAGAGAGCGGCCUGUGGGUGCCCCGACCUGCGGAGGGGACCGGGACAGACCCAUCUCCCUCCUGCUCCCGGUCCGGUUCGGGAGCCGCCGCAGGAGCCCUCAGAGCGGGGUCGCGGGCAGCCCCGGACCCGACGGAGGUCACAGACACGCUUGUGCACAGAGGAGGAAGCGGCGAGGGUAAACCACUGGAUUUUUGUCAGAAAUUCUGCAAGAGUGACUAACUAUCAGUAAAGAUGUCAUAUAUAAUGAAAGGAUUUAAAUGUCACAGUCCUGUGAUGUGCAAAGUAGCAGGAAGCCUGUUUAAAGCACACACAUUAAAGAACAUGUUAGGGGUCAAUGAACAACAAUUCAAAAUUUCCCGUGCAUCAUCUCAGCUGAGCUCUGAAAAGGCAAACUCUUAUAAUUACAUCAUUGUAGGAGCUGGAUCAGCAGGCUGUGUAUUGGCCAACAGGCUGACAGAAGACUCUCAGAGUACUGUGCUACUUUUGGAAGCAGGCCCUAAAGAUACCCUGCUAGGCAGUAAAAGACUGCUGUGGAAGAUUCACAUGCCUGCUGCCUUAACAUACAACCUCUGUGAUGAGAAAUACAACUGGUACUACCACACCACACCCCAGAGGCACAUGGAUAACCGAGUCAUGUACUGGCCCCGGGGCAGAGUGUGGGGGGGCUCCUCCUCUCUCAAUGCCAUGGUCUACAUCCGUGGGCACGCCGAGGAUUACAACCGAUGGAGCAGGGAGGGGGCUCUAGGCUGGGACUAUGAGCAUUGCCUGCCCUAUUUUAAGAAGGCACAGACACACGAGCUGGGGCCGGAUCAGUACAGAGGUGGGAAUGGCCCCCUGCAUGUGUCAAGAGGGAAAACAAACCAUCCUCUUCACCAAGCAUUCCUGGAGGCAGCCCAGCAAGCUGGGUAUCCCUUCACAGAUGAUAUGAAUGGCUAUCAGCAAGAAGGCUUUGGCUGGAUGGACAUGACUAUACACCAAGGUCAAAGAUGGAGCACAGCUAGUGCUUAUCUUCGCCCAGCCAUAUCACGCCCAAAUUUCUCAGUUGCAGAGAAGACACUUGUAACAAAAAUCUUGUUUCAAGGAACAAAAUGCAUUGGUGUUGAGUAUGUGAAAAAUGGGCAAAGGAAAAAGGUUUUUGCCAAUAAGGAUGUUAUUUUAAGUGGAGGUGCCAUAAAUUCUCCCCAACUGCUUAUGUUGUCUGGAAUUGGAAAUGCAGAUGAUCUAAAAAAAUUGGGGAUCCCUGUUGUUUGCCAUCUUCCUGGAGUAGGCCAGAACCUUCAAGAUCAUUUAGAAGUUUAUGUCCAGCAAAAGUGCACCAAACCUAUUACUCUAUAUAGUGCACAAAAGCCAAUUAACAUGGUGAGGAUUGGUCUCGAAUGGCUUUGGAAAUUUACAGGUGAGGGAGCCACUGCCCACUUAGAAUCUGGUGGUUUUAUCCGAAGUGAACCAGGGGUUCCUCACCCCGACAUUCAGUUCCACUUUCUUCCUUCUCAGGUGAUUGACCAUGGUCGGGUUGCUUCCACAAUGGAAGCUUACCAGGUCCACGUGGGACCCAUGAGGAGCACAAGUGUGGGCUGGCUGAAGCUGAAGAGUUCAGACCCAAAUGACCACCCCAUCCUCGAGCCCAACUACCUGUCCACAGAAAGAGAUAUUUGGGAAUUCCGCCAAUGUGUCAAGUUGACCAGAGAGAUCUUUGCUCAGAAAGCCUUUGAAAAAUUUCGUGGGCCUGAAAUUCAACCAGGAAAUCAUGUUCAGUCUGAUAAAGAAAUAGAUGCUUUCAUAAGGCAGAAGGCUGAUAGUGCUUAUCAUCCUUCCUGCACCUGUAAAAUGGGUCAGCCUUCAGACAGCACUGCUGUAGUCGAUCCCCAAACAAAAGUAAUUGGCGUUGAAAACUUGAGAGUAGUUGAUGCUUCAAUAAUGCCCAGUAUUGUCACUGGAAAUUUGAAUGCCCCAACUAUCAUGAUAGCAGAGAAAGCUGCAGACAUAAUUAAGGGCCUCCCAUCACUUCAGGAGAAAAAUGUUCCUGUAUAUAAGCCCAAGACCCUGGAAACACAGAGAUAAAUAAAUAUUCUCAUCCUUUCAUAUCAUUUGCUAUUUAGGCUUUCAUCAGCAUGUUGGUAUCUCAUACUGAACAUGCCAACAUGAUAAAUAUCAUGCAAAACAACAUAUCCUACUAAAAGAACUAUUAAUUUGAAUAAUUUUAUUAGACUACCUACUGUUUUUUAAUCAUCUGGUUUAAGUUGCAUAUUUUAGAAUCAUAGAAUAUGUUGAGUUUGAAGGGACCAAUAAGGAUCACUGAGCCCAACUCCUGGCCCUAGGCAGGACACUCCAAGAA